AUGCAAUGCAAGUCUCAACUAAAAGAAUCCAGCUUAAUUGCUUCUCUGACUCCAAUCAAUCACCCAAUGGUUGAAGUUGCAUUUUCCUUGGCUUGUAUUGUUCUAAAGAAUAGCAAUCUGCAGUCUGUAUUACAAGAGAAAGAAGGUUUUCGUUAUUUGGAUGUCCUUAAGCUUUUUUAUGCAUCAGAUAAGGAUAUUCGUUUACGAGCAGGAUAUGCUAUUGCAAUUUUUGCUUACAAUAAUCCUACUCAGCAGAUACUGAUUUUAGAGGCUGGACCCAUAUCAAUCCAUGUAUUUGAACCUCUUCUGGGCUCAGAUGUAGAGACAGAUAGAGCAAUGGCUGCCUUUCAGAUAGUAGUAUUAGCAAAAAUUAUAAUUGAUCUGGAUCAAGUUAGUUUGUCUGCAAGAGGAAUUUCUACCUUGGUUGACCUACUAUGUUCAGAAAAAUCAGCCACUUUAGUGUUAACAGGAAAAUUAUUAGCUAGCUUGGCCCACACAAGGGCAGGCAUUCCAGAAGCAAUCACAAGCUUGGGAACGGUCCAACGUCUUUGUUAUCAUUUAUAUGCAAAGGAAGAGGAGGUUCGUUCAGCUGUGGCAUGUGCUCUUGGCUAUCUAACAUUUAACCGAACUGCGUAUCGCCAUCUAUUGGUGCAAUGUAGGAAUAAGCCCAAGUUGUUCAAGAGACUAAUAGUAAAUCUCAGCAAAGAUGCAAAAAUAAAUUCGGAUUUUGUAAAGGAAUUUAUGAGGCAGAAAAAAGUUGGGCUCCCAUCUCUCAGCCUGGAGAUAAAUGGAGGACCACCUGCUGUCCCUGUACAUAUACGAGAAAAAUUUCGAGGUACUGGUGUUAAAGUAUACAAAGCAAAGUUUCGUCCGAAGGAUUCUCUCUUUUUAAUUCCUCCAACUUCACAUAUAAUGGGAAGAUUAAAAACUCUGGAGAAACCUCACAUUCCAGCAUCUGGACACUAUCAAUUUCCACAUACAACAAUUUCUGACCUUAUUCAGGUUUCAAGACCAAGAAUUGUUCAUGUCGAGGCACUCAAAUAUACUUUGUCUGUAGAGAAAACUUAAAUGUCUAUACUGUGGUAGCAGAAAAGAUGUUGUUACCAUGCAGUUUCAUGCAAAUAAAAAUAUGAUUGCAUUUGUAAUCGUUUUAAUGUAUUUGUUCCAAAUUGGGAAGAAAACAACUGUAAGAAAUUGAUACAGAAAUAAGAAAUAAAAACACUGGCAAUCAGAUAUGACUUCAUGUGUGAAAAGCAACUAACAUGAAGAAUCAAGGUAAAUUAAAAUAUAUCUUUAUUUCAAACAAUAUAGCACUGCAAAAAAAGGCGACAUGAAAUACUAAUACUGUACAUUCACUGAUAAGCUCUUGAAAACAAGCAUUCUGCACAAGACAAAUGGCUGUAAAGG